UUAGCAAGGCCAGGCUGAGGCAGCUGGAAUACUCAAUACUGAGAUGGGGAAGGAAAGAAGGAAAUGAACAAUGAAUUUGAGUGGCUGCUUCUUUCUUCCCAAACAGUCUCCAUUCUACCUCUUCUCCUUGUCUUAUUGUUAUUAUUCGGCUGCGCCGUCUUUGAUUCUCCGGCCGUCUGUUCCGCGCUCUGUUCUACGCCUUACUACUCCCUUUCUCCACCGUCCUCCAUCUCACCACCUAAAUCCAAAACGUACAAUUAAAAGCAGCAGCACCUGCCUCAAGUCAACGCCUACUACACUCUCAGCAACAGCAGCAGCAGCAGCAGCAUCAGAAUCAUCGUCAUCCAUGGCGGCUUUCUCCGAACAAGCUAGGGUUCCCCCGGCUCUGCAGUUACCCACCCCUCCCAUAACCAAGUUUAAAAUUGGUCUCUGUCAAUUGGCUGUGACGCCGGACAAGGAGAGGAACAUCCUUCAUGCUCGGACUGCCAUUGAGGAGGCUGCUGAGAAAGGCGCUAAACUCGUCGUUUUACCCGAAAUAUGGAAUGGUCCAUAUUCAAAUGAUAGCUUUCCGGUUUAUGCUGAGGACAUCGGUGCUGGUUUUGAUAAAUCUCCUUCUACGGCCAUGUUGUCUGAAGCUGCUCGUCUUCUGAAGGUCACUAUAAUAGGAGGAUCAAUUGCUGAAAGAGACGGGGAUAAAUUGUAUAAUACUUGUUGUGUCUUUGAUACAGAUGGAAAUCUGAUAGCUAAACACAGGAAGAUACACCUUUUUGAUAUCGACAUUCCUGGUAAAAUUUCCUUCAAGGAAUCAAAGACUCUUACUGCUGGGGAGUCUCCUACAGUUGUAGAUACUGAGGUUGGACGGAUUGGCAUUGGUAUCUGCUAUGACAUUCGAUUUCAAGAAUUGGCAAUAUUAUAUGCAGCAAGAGGAGCACACUUGAUUUGCUAUCCUGGUGCAUUCAAUACAACUACUGGGCCAUUGCAUUGGGAGUUACUCCAAAGAGCAAGGGCCACAGAUAAUCAGUUGUAUGUAGCAACUUGUUCACCAGCUCGAGAUCCUGGAGCUGGAUAUCAGGCUUGGGGCCAUUCCACUCUCGUUGGACCAUUUGGAGAAGUGCUAGCAACUACAGAACAUGAAGAAGCUAUACUUGUAGCAGAGAUUGACUAUUCACAAAUUGAACUCAGAAGGACUAAUCUUCCACUGGAGAAGCAAAGGAGAGGUGACCUUUACCAGUUGGUAGAUGUUCACAGGGUUGAAUCUGGUCGGAAGCCAGUAUGCAUGACUGCUGUCUUAAAAACCAAAGCAAGGAUCAGAACUUGGCAGUGCACGUGGAGCUUCUUAGUGCUUUGGCUCCGGACAACAACACAGAGAAUUCGCUGUCAGAAACGGAGGGGAAAAGACAAUAUGCGAUCGUUCGUUGGCGGCUUUUGUCGACAAAAGACUCGCUGUUUUCGUACCAAGAUAAUUUUGAAAGAAAGGAAAGAAAAGAAAAGAAGAGAAAAAGAAAGAUCCAAUUCGUUCAUCCUCAAAAACAGUGACCUCUCCCUCACUCAUGAGCAGAUUUUCCUCGGGAUCCCCAACCCACCACCAUCUUCUUCCUUCACCAUCCGCUUUGAAUCUCUUGUCACUCACGCAUGCACAGCCCUAUUGGCAUUGUUCUCUCUCUCUUUACAGCCUGUGUUUGUUUUGUUUCGUUUCGAUUUGAUUUUUGGGUAAGGAACAAGUACAUUGAUCUUUUUGGUGAAGAAGUGUAAAAGAAUCAGUGUAGCAAGUGGAGUUCAAGUGAGGAAAAAGUCUGGAAAAGAUAAAGGUUGUUAUAAUUAACUUUCAA